UCUUUAGUCGAAAUUGAGAAGUUGUUCCAGCAGCUGUGCUCUUGUGUCAUACGGGUGCUUUAGGCCCCAGGAAAAAGUGUAUGAUUUUCCUGGCUUGGGUCGGCAGUUCGUGCUCCCGCGAGCCAACGCCCGAGGAUUGAUGUGUUCCUAGCGUCCACACUCGAAAGAAAGAAGAGUCGCCAUGACCAUUCUGCCCACCAAAAAGUCGUCGCAGUCCAAAACCGAGGGCGACGGCUCAGACUCGAGCUCGUUUCAUGGCGACCGCCAUGGUCACUCGGGCGCCGAGCCGUACAACUUCGCGAAUCGCAACUCGCCUCCGCGCUGGGCGGCGUCCAACGCUAGUUCGCGGGACGAGAAACGGCCCGCACACGCGACCGCCACUGGCUUCGAUGACGCCGUCGACGGCGGGCCGAGCCACUCCAAGCGCAGACACAGGGCAUCGCCGCACCGAAGUCUGCGCAAGGUGCACCACCGCUCAGCUGGCAUAGUCGUCAAGCCCAGUACGUCGCAGGGAGCCAACAGCCCUGCGGUCGAGGACUCGGCAUCAGGCCGCGAAGACUCGGACCCGAGCGGAUACAACUCGGGCGACGAGUACGACAAGCCGCCUGAGCUCUGGACCAACGAGGAGUACAAGGAGAGGGAGUACCUCUUUGAGAAGAAGCUUCGCAAGAAAGGACUGACGAUCAAGAACAUGGGCGAGGAUGGGGCCUGCCUCUUCAGGGCAGUUGCGGACCAAGUGUAUGGGGACCAGGAGAUGCACAAGGCGGUGCGCAAGCUCUGCAUGGACUACAUGGCCAAGAAUUCCGACUACUACUCUCAGUAUGUGACUGAGGACUUUGACAAGUAUUUAGAGCGCAAGCGGUGUGACCACAUUCAUGGCAACCACAUUGAAAUGCAGGCCCUGUCCGAGAUGUUCAACCGGCCAAUUGAGGUCUAUCACUACAGCUCUGAGCCGAUCAACAUCUUUCACGGGGGCCAGCAGACGGACAACGAGCCGAUUCGGCUGAGCUACCACCGCAAUGUGCACUACAACUCGAUUGUGGACCCGUACAAGGCUACGGUGGGCGUGGGCCUCGGCCUGCCGUCCUUCAAGCCCGGCCUGGCAGACAAAAGCCUGGUGAAGGAGGCCCUGCGUGCCUCGGAGGAGCUACAGCUGGAGCAGGCCAUGCUGGAGGACAAGCUGCGUGCCACCGACUGGGAGGCCACUAGCGAGGCCCUCGAGGAGCAGGUGGCCCGCGAGUCCUACCUGCACUGGCUGCGUGAGAACGAGAUGCGCACCCGCAAGAAGACCCGGUCAGCCACGGCCACAUCGAGCUCAAGCCUCUCCCCCCUGGUGGAAGUUGGAGGCAACACGGCGGCAUCUGGAGCGUCCUCUUCUCCACGUGGAGGCAGAGCAUCUCCACGGUCACGAGCCAGUCCUCGCACACCGCCACUCGGAGGGGCUCAGGCACUCUCGGACCAGACGGACACUGUAACCCACGCCGGUGAUGGCAAAGAGCUGAGCCCCAAGGCAGGCAGCUCAGGCCUGUCCAGCUCCCGUGACAACCUGCAGCAGCCGUCCUCAGGAGCACACUUGCAGCUGCAAGAAGAAGGCUUCUCCCUGAUCGAAACGGCCUCCUUCCUCAACCACUUGCCACCGUCCAUGUUUGGCCUGACGGACUGGGAGGACACGGACAUCAUAGCCAGGGUGCUGGCGCAGUCACAGCAGGAGUACUUGGACUCCCUGAAGCGAGCAUCGGCCACGAACGUACCUUCGCCUGGCUCGCGCUCUCCCGGGAGGGACAGCUCGGACUGUGCAGCCACUGCAGCUGCAUCCAGCUCCUCCAAUGCGGCGGCCUCCGUGUCGAGCUAACGAGGCGGCCGGGCCAUCACGGGGCAGGCACUGUGUGAGCGCCAUGUGAAAGGAGAGGGACCGUUGUGCCGCCGCCGCCCGCUCAAACGACUGACUGUGGCCUACAUUUUGCGCAGCCAUGGCGGCACGUGCUAAAGUGAGCCGGUGUCAUGUGCUUUGGUUGUGUCGCCGUGGCCCAUGCCUUUGUGGCUGUGGAUGAAGUAGCCGUGAUUGGGGGGCAAAAAAAGGACAAUCCUGUGGCUCGGCAAGACAGGAUCAAGAACUGACGGCUAGUUCUCUUUUUCCAGAAACUUUUCUUUAUUUCAUAAUUUUUAUUUUCUGGUCGAAGCAGAUUGUGUAUGUACGUUUGCGUCUCUGGUCUUGUCUGCAAAGAACUGAAGCUAUUGCUAUAUCACACAUUUCUUUUCCUUGAUCCCAGUGACUCUGUACUGAGAGUAAGAUUGCAAAAUUGGCUGCUUUGACAAAUGGGAGUUCAUUAAUCUUUUUGUUUUUUGCCCCCAAUGCUGCUGGUGCUAAUGUAAAUUGCUUGGUCAUGCCUGAAUCGAGCAUAUAGAAUUGUACAGGGUUGCUAGCAUUGGUGCGAGUAAGUGUAUGAAGGGAUGCAGCAGUGUUAAAGUGUAGCGAGGUUCUCAAUGUCGGUUUAAUUUCAUUGUAAGUACAAGUGUAGGUUUUCUUUCAUUCAUUCUUUGAGUUGCGAAGCUGGGAGUAGCUUGUAAUUAGCUGUGCAUGUUCUUUGCUGCGCCCAUCUGAGCGCCAUUGUGUCUCGAGAUUUGGUUGAUUGCAUUGGUACAGGCUGUGGCCGUCUGCAGUGUUCUGCGGGUAAUAUUAGCAGCUAAAAGUGUUAGCCACGAAUAUGAAAGUUUCGUAUUGACUUGGCUUGAUUUUGUAGUUAAUGGUUGUGUAAAGGAAUGCAGUGUAGUCUCUGUAGGUUUGUUCUUGCCCAACUUAUUCAUGUAAAACAUUUGUGGCAGGCUAAAUUCUUGUGUUUUCAAUAAACUUGGAAGUUUUAGCUCAUUCACUGCUGUAGAAAAUAGACUUCCUUUGGCUUCCUCUGUUGUUUGUCAGAGUUCGGUAGGCACUACAGAGUCCGUUGCAGUUUGGCCAAAGCAGCAUGUUUGUUUUUAAUGUUUCUUACUGCAGAUGUGGUCAUGCGAUGCAGGUGGUAACGAACAAGAUGCUGUGCUAACUCAGCAAACAGUGCAACUAUACCUAAAAUAACGACUCCGAAUGCAAGCAAAAAGAGCAGAUACACUCAGACCUCGAUAUAAUGAAGCCGGAUAUAGCGAAAUAUGGAUUAAAACAAAGUAAAUGAAAAAUAGUUUUGCAAUAGGUAUAUAGUUGGGAAUAAACCCUUAUAACGAAUUUUUAUAUAUAACAAACCUAUUUUCAUGUAUAAUGAAAUUUUGUUAUAUUAAGUGUAGUCAUAUGUGUCUUCGAGUAAAUCCAAGACAAGGCCGUUUCACUGCACCGUUAAAGAUUUCUGACUUUUACAGUUGAGUUCGCUUCCGCAAUUUCAAGUUGGCUCAUUUUCAGUGAUGUACAAUGCGAACAUGAAUUAAAAUCAUCAUAAGUGCCUAUCCAAAUACUGGCUCAACCGUUAACAUCGUAUCAUUCGAACAUGUUACCGUUUGUCCAUUGUAUGGCAUGAGAAAAAAAGUAUGGCGAGAUGCACCUUGAAAACCGAGAUUGAGGCAGGAAUUCAGUGUUGCCUGAAUACUGCAUAGCCCCUCAAAUCCUUAUAUGUUUUCUGGAAACAGAGAGCAUUGCAUCCAGUUGUAGGAUUUAGUCUGCUUCGUUUAACGCAUGUCAUGCGUUGUGUCAUAGCUGCACGUUACUUUUCUUUAGCAUUGUGCUCGCAUGUACUGUACCGUUUUCGUUUUCGAAGUAUGUUUUUCAGGAUUGUAAAUGGCAAGCUCUUCAUCCAGAGGAUGCUUUUUUUGCUUAUCAAAACUUCCAGUCGCACGAGUGCAUGAUUUGUAAAGCACACGGACACAGCAGAUUUAUGUUUCAAGAUUUGUCAAUGUGCUUGCGUUAAUUUGUUGUUGUUCCGAUGACAAAAUGCACGAGCUGUUCAACAUCUUGAAAGCUUGUGGUGCAUGAAAAAUACACCGACUAAGAAAGACAAUGGGACGAUGCGCUGUCCCGCAGCGCAUCGUUCGGUUAUCUUUCUUAGUCCGUCUUUUUUGCGUGCCACAAGUUUUCACGAUGUUUCACCGCCAACAAGCUUUUCGAGCGGUUCAAUUUUUUAACAUCGGGCCUGUUCAUUUCUCAAACGUUGUUUUAAUGUAAUAAAAAAGACUGCCACCAUAUGCUUCCUAACAUUGAACGCUGGUGAAUCAAGCUGCAGUUUCAUAUAUUAAGGCACUAUUGAUAGUGACAGUGGAAGUUGUGGAAUCUGGGAGAAUCAAGAUGGGAACAGCGAAUUUCUUCUUUGCGGAUCGUAUGUGCAGUCUAAUUGUAUCGGUUCAUGGUCAUUAAGGUGGUGCGUCAAUUUGCUUGCUCUUGUGACAACAGGUCAUAUAGGGCAUGGCCUUUGCAUACAAGCAAGUCGCGCAUUUUUUAUCAACGUAAGCUCAUGUUAUAUAAACUGGCAUUCUUGUCAACAGUGGCGCCAUUUUAGAAAUUCCAGGUGCACUGUAUUAGCGUAUUGAGAACAUUACAGCAAUUUAUGUUCCUGUCACGCUGCAAAUGUCGUGUCAUGUUUUUCUGCUUGCCAUCACGCGAUGAACACACGUCUUUUGAAAAUGCUGUGCUAUAACCAACCUUUCAUGCCAUUGCCUUAGGAGGAAGGCAGCAUGACUUGCUCAGAGAUAUUUGUGCAAAUCAUAUUACUGCUGCUGGUAGUGCUGCUGAUAAUACAAGCUUGGUCAUUUCACACAAUUUGUUGCAUCUUUGCAACUUAAAUAAGGUCAAGAGUCAAAUGAAAAGCAACAUGACUGACGAAAUUACUGAGCAUGGCAAUAGAACAGAAAUAUUUCUAAUUUUGUAAAUUUGAAAAGCACAGAGUCAUUAACAACUUUUUUAGCGUGUGCCUGGUAUAAAAGUUGCACAUUUGGUUGAAAACAGAGUUCGCAUGAAUUUCGUUAACUUACGCAGUCAAAAAAAGUUGGAAACAUAAUUGUCAUUUAAUGCCGUUAGCUCUCCUGUUUGCUUUGACGUUACUAACAAAAUGUCAUAGGCUGUGAAUGGCAUUACAUUUACCAUGUUGCAUGUGACUCCAGUAUAACUUAUUUAGGAAGACAAGAGUUGCCUGUGGACGCCAAUGUAUAGAGAUAUCUUGAUGCAGAAUGUCUUGCAUUUAAAAAUAGAAUAGUGUUAUCAGAUUUGCUCCAGAAUUGAUAGCUUUCUUGUUUCAUUUUGCAUUCGUAGGCACUCGCACUGACACAUUCAUGAAAAAGUUUUUUACGAUGCUAAAAACAUGGACAAAAAAGUCUAGACCUUUGUGUUUUUAGUGCAGUAAAUAAAUUUCUUAACAAUGAUAUGCACCAACGAGCCCAAGCUCAACUUCGCACUCUGCCAUACUGGUGUACAGCUCUGAUGAUGAAUUUUUUUUAUGGCGUAUAGGUCAAGAAUCUACAUAUACAAAACUCUUAAAAAUUUGUUGCUGCUGUUAAUUGCUUUCAUUCACUGCUUAUGUAUCUCGAAUUAAAAGUUCAGUAUAUCUGCA